AUGUCUUCAUUUCCUUUUUUCUUUACCGAUUUUGAAGCUGUCCCCGGAUAUAAUGGAAAAAUCCAUUGGGACUUCUCGUUCGCAACGAUAUUGAAUUUAGUUGAUUUUCACUUGAACGAAAAAAACUUAGACUUUGCAUCUUUCCUCGACGUUUUUGUACCAAGUUGCAAAGAAACGUUAGGGAAAAACCACCCAACAUAUGCAUCGUUUCUUUAUAGGCAAGGUGUUAGAUUUUUUCUGAUGGAAAGGAACCUUUCAUCAAAAAAUUGCUUUGAAGAAGCAUUAAAUAUUCUGACAAGUUUUGGCUACGGUUUAGAUCACCCGGAUUUGUUGCAAUGUAACAUCGCUCUUGCAAGGUUAUUAUUGUGCGAAGACUUUCAAGAGGUUCCUCCGUUGAAGUCGCGCCGUGACCGAAGCUGGCGAGAAUUUCCUUGCGACGCAGCAGAUGGAGUUGUAAGCCCUGAUAUUCCAUCAUUUAGAGAAGACAGUAACAAGUGGGACAGCAACGAAGAAUUAGACGGACCAGGUAAAAUUUCUGGUCGAGAAAACCAUAGAGGCAAGAAUUAUGAUCAUCUUGAAAAUGUGCCGCAAAAGGAUAAGAACAAAGGAAUCAGCAUCUCACAGAAGAUACAGCAAACACCAAAUGAAGUCAGUGGUGUACGGAAUGACACUCUUAAAGCCCCUUUUCAGGUAGGAAAUGUGGUUGCAGACAGCGGUGAAAACCCCGAUGUUCUUACUAGAAAUGGGGCUUGCGGCUUUGACAAAGAUUGGAAUAUCCAAGCUGUUGCCCUUCCAAAAACACCAGGAGAUUCCCACGGGAUUAAUUCGAAAACAAAAACAUAUCUUGGUUUGAAAGGUGGACGCCGAAGCGAUCUUCCGUCAGGGCACAGCUCACAAAGGGAUCCAAGUGGGGAUGACGUUGGCACAAAUCACAUCGGAAUAGAUCCCAGUUUCCUCGCACGUCAUUCUUAUGAGUGCAAUGCAUCUGAUGAGCGCUGGGAUUCUUGUGAUCCAUUUGAAGAUUCAGAAGUGCUUGCAGGUUCCCACCCGAGUAUACCAGAUCUAGGUGUAUGACUGAAGUGUACCACCUUACUUCUCCAAGUUCAACGAAAUUUCCUGAAUGUCGUGAUUUUACAAAAACUGUUCCAGCGAAGACCUUUAGACUACCUCAAUCUUCAAGUUUCCAUGAAGAUGGAUGUAAAGCAAAUCUCCCGUUUACAAAUAUCUCCCCAGAUGGACAUGUACUCGCCGAAAGGCCGACGUUCUCAUCGCAAUUUGAAAGAAAAGAUGACGCUCCAGGAUUUCUUCCGGACGGGGAAAGUGCAGGAGCUGGUCAUGGUCUGUUAAACAGUAAUUCAAACACAUCUGCUGACGAAUCAUUGGCCGUACUCGAGCAACGUGUGGCUGAAGCUUGCUGUCUUGUCGAGAAAACGUUGAAAGAAAGACAAGAAAGAGAGAAAUCGAUGAAAGAAACGGAGCAAAAAAGAAAAGAUAAGCGGGCAAGGAAACAACAACUUGCACGUGAAAGAAAAGAAAGGGAAGCGAGGGAAGCAAGAGAAACGGAACUCAGGAAUGAAAGUGUAGAGGGGAACUCCACGAGCGGUGGACAAGAAACACCUUUGCAAGACUCGGCAAGUGCUGGGGUUCGACAAUGGCUGUGUGAACAUUAUCAGCGGCUCUGCCGUGUCAAGUUCUCAUGCUGCGGAAAGUUCUUUCCUUGUCAUCGUUGUCAUAACAACUCUGGGUGUCCAAAUGAUAAUUCCAAAGCAAGAGAGGCGUGCUCUGUUGAGUGCUCUGUUUGUAGCCAUCAACAAGAGGUAAAUAGGAAUGACAUUGACUUGAAAUUUUUCAUAAGAGGAAAGAGAGUUCUCCCACUUAGGUUAUAACCGAUUUAACUUCGAAUGUUUGAUUUUUAAGAUCAACCAGGACGCCCACACCUGUGUCAGAUGCAAAACAAGGUUCUCAGCAUAUUUCUGCUCGGUAUGUAAACACUUCACAGGGGAGGAUAAAGCUCCUUAUCACUGCGAAAAAUGUGGUAUCUGCCGGUAGGUGAAACAAAAUUCAUGACGAGUUUUGUCUUCGUUUGUUUGAAUGAUAUGCUUGCUGUCCAAAAGAAUGAAGGUUAGGGAGUUAUUGACCUGCUUCAGAGCUAUUGACUUGGGUUGCAGUAGGUACGAAGAAUCCUGGCACAAUCUGUAAGGCGAGAGCAAAGUAUUCAAGGAGAGAGAAAUGCUUUAUCGAGGAGUGCAUAAAACACCCCAUUGCUAGUUGUUUCUCAAAAAGGAACAAGAGUCCGACAAAAUACAAGUUUCCUCCUCAAUUAUUAUUGCAGCUUAUCGAGUAGAAAUACGGUGCUUAUCAGCGUGAGUUCGAAAUUUGUUUCCCCAACGAAUCAUGUUGUGCUCGAGUAAAUACCUGCGAAGUGAUGUUUCUAUUUCCCGUUCAGUAUCUACAAGGACCGCUCCUUCCACUGUGAUGUGUGUAACGUCUGUCUGGACAAACGGCUGGAAGGAAGACAUUCUUGCCGAGCAAAUUCAGGACACGACGAGUGUUGCAUCUGUUUAGAGGUAGUUACUUAAUUUACAUAAUAAGGCUGAAUAAGAAAUAUCUUUUAAAAGGUUUUGCCGUUUAGCCGAAGCAGUUAACCUUGCACUAAGUUUGGUUUUAUUUACUUGUCGCGUUAGUGACGUCAGGUGCUUGCAUUUCUGGAGUCGAAAUCUGAUGAAAGAGAAGCAGAUCACAAUCCAAAUUUCUAUAUUUUUAUUUGGUUGAUCAAUUCUUUAUUUCCAGGAUGCUUUUAGCGGUUGUCAGAUCCUGCCAUGCUCACACAAGGUUCACCGCGAAUGUGCUAUUGCUAUGAUACAGAACGGCGUGUAAGUAUGCUUAAAUAUCGCUAUAUCUGUUUUUGGGAAUAAACUUAAAUAUGGAAGAACACUCCACUACUGCACUGACUAUGUGUUGGUAUUUAAUUCUGGAUUGGGUGUGUGUGGACCUGCUCCAGCUAUGAGAGUGCACUGAGCAGUUUUCAUUUGCAUUCAUAAUAAAAAAACCUCCGUACCCUCGUAAGGAGCUUUGGUCGCCAGUGGGCAGGAGUGAUUUAUUGACAAACAGCGAUUGGUUUCGCAAUGAAAAUAACUUCAGAAAAGAUUGGAAACUACGUGAAGAAUCAACAGUACGGACGUCCGGAGAAACCGACCACCGUUCCCGCCUACAGCUGGGGAUAAGUCUGGUGAAAUCGACAAAAUCUGGUUAACGCCCUCAUUAUCCUUCUUUGUCCCCUAAGCUUUUGUCAGGUCCUGAGAUUAUUUCAAUUUUGGUUUCAAGACGCUCUAUGCAUGUUGUCACGGAGUUCUCUUGUAUCUAAAGCGAUAUUACUUCAUCGGUAAACUUUGAAAGACUUUGUACGUUAAGUAGGCCAGAAUUUAUUGCGACAUUCCCACACCAGUUUUUCUCGAGUUCACCUGAAUAUUUCCUUUUAAUUUGCAGUCGCAGCUGUCCUAUUUGCCGCCAUCCUUUGUACAGUCAGACAGGAAUGAAUGAGUGA